AUGGCCGAUCCAAAGCCCAUCAAGCUCAACCCCCCAACCAAAUAUGCCCCAUCUACCAAGAACUCACCUCCCGUGGACCCUCCCACGCUCGACUGGAUCACCACAACAUGGAGCGUCACGCACUCAACCCUGAGCAUGUGGCGCGAUGCCCGCAACGUCCGCAUCACAUACAAGCUCCUCCCCGGAACCGCAGAUGGCCGACCCCGUCUCGACGACCUCGUUGAGUACGAGCCGCUCUCCAAAGACGGAACGCUCAAGACGGCUUCGUCUAUCGGAUGGGACUGGAGGGGCAAAGGAUGGCUUGUCUUUGUCAACUCACACUGGGAGCUACUAGGUUGGGGCGAGGCAGUCACUUCAGAGGGCGUCAAAGAGAGAUGGGCGGUUACGUGGUUUGCCCCUACGGUGUUCACGAAGGAGGGCGUCGAUAUCUACUGUGAUCGUAAGGAGGGGCUGAGUGAGGAGACGUAUGUAAAGAUCAGAGAGGCGUUGAAGGGAUUGGAGACGAAGAAGGUGCCUGAGAUGGUUGAAGCUCACAUGCAGCCUGUUGAGAUCAGGUUGCCGUGGGUAGAGGGAAGCCAUGAGUAG